AUGGGUGACUAUACUCCCUCCACGGUGGCCAACGAUGUCACCAUGCAGGGCAGCGGUGUCUACAGCUCUCAUUCCGAUCUCCAGCACGAAGUCAUGUUACAGGCUUUACCUCUGAUCGAGAAAGCUGCAAAGACAUUAGAAUCGCAGCGAGCUGGUCAAGUCCUGACAGUUGCAGAAUAUGGAGCAGCACAAGGCGCGAACUCGAUAAAACCACUAGAAACAAUCACAAAAUCAAUUCCGCCAGAGACCCUCCAAAUCAUACUCAACGACAAAGCAAACAAUGAUUUCAACACCCUCUCCACAACAAUCACCAACUGGACUCAAAAUCUCACUAAACCACCCUUCAUCACCAUGAUCCCAGGAAGUUUCUACAAUCAAAUCCUCCCACCAAACACGAUCGACCUCGGUUUCUCCCUAGCAUCCAUCCAACACCUAAGCGCAACCCGACCAAUGAUGGACGAGAAUCUCCAACGAAUCCCGAACGCAGAUCAAAUCCUGCAAGAGCAGUCACACAAAGACUUCCUCCAAUUCCUCCACCACCGAGCAAUAGAGACAAACCCCGGGGGCUCGCUGGUUCUCUCUUUCCCGAGUAAAUCAGCGUCCGGGGCAUCGGAUCUCGUUGGGCCCGUUACUUCAAUUUUCGGUGCAUUAAAGAUGAUGUUUAUUGAAGGGAAAGUUUCGAAAGGGGUCCUUUCCUCGCUGAAUGAACCGCUUUAUAACCGGAGUAUGGAAGAUGUGCUAUCUACUUUGAGUGAAGUAGAAGAGCUCUGGACUAUGCGAGAGUGUUUCGAGAAUCAAGUGGUUCAUCCGGCGUAUGGGGAGUUGCAGAGGGUGAAGAGUGAGGAGGGUUUGGUGGAUGAUGAGGCGGCUUGGAAGUAUACACAUGCUAUUAUUGAUUGGGUCACGGCUGUUAUUUCGGGUUACCUUCUCAAGGCGUUGAGGGAUGGAGAUCCGGAGAAUUACUCGGAAGAGAAAGGUGGUGAGCUUGUGUCGGAGUGGAUCUCGAGGACGAAGGGGUUUUAUUUUGCGCAUUUUAGGGGCGAAGAGGUUUCGAUGUCUUUUAUUCAUGUUUGGUUGCAGAGGAGAUGA